AUGACUCAGGUUGAAGAAAAGCCAUUAAUUUGCAAUGUGACGUCAACCAGACGUGAAGAAUUUUUGGACAACUUCUCGUCAUUGGUCAAAGCUGUUACAGCAGCAGCUUUGUGGAGAAGAUUUUAUCAGAGUUUCUCGUUGAAAUACCCUGUAAAUAAAUCUUCUUGGAUUACAUCUGAAGAACGUCAGAAUGCAUUGCUGGGCUUGGUAGUAAAUAAUCAACGGUUAUAUUUUCAUGAAGAGAUUAAACAAUUAUCAAAGGGUGAAACCUUGUCAAGGUCUAGUUCUUUGAUAAAAUUGACGCCAUUCCUUGAUAGAGAUGGUGCCUUGAGAGUCGGUGGCAGACUGAGUAAAUCUCUCAUGACAAGUGAAGAAAAAUAUCCGUUGAUACUGCCAAAAGAGUCGAAACUUACUGAACUGGUAUUACAUGAGUGUCAUGCAAAUACUUUGCAUGGUGGUGCACAACUUAUGUUGGCCACCUUGAGGCAACAAUAUUGGAUUGUUGGAGGACGUCUACCAGUCAGAAGUUUCAUUAAUAAAUGUGUUGUUUGUGUGAGACAUCGAGCUGAAGCUGCACAACAGUUAAUGGGUCAACUACCAGCAUCAAGAGUAUUGAAAUCAAGGCCAUUUCUCCAUACAGGAGUUGAUUAUGCUGGUCCAUUUGAACUGAAAACAUGGUCAGGUAAAUGCAACAGGUCAUACAAGGCCUACCUGGUUGUGUUUGUGUGUAUGGCUUCGUCAGCCGUUCAUCUCGACUUAGCAACUGACUAUACAACUGAGGGUUUUUUAGCAGCAUUUAAGCGAUUUGUCAGUCGUCGUGGACGAUGUGAGAAAUUUCAGUGA